UGGUGGGGGUGGAGCUCAGUGUAAAGUACCAUUGCAGUGCCACGAUCAUUCGCACAAUGAGGAACUUCACCUUGAUGACAGUUUUACUUCUCUGCUGCCUCAGCUGGAUCUCCGUCUCAGUUUCUGAGUCUCAGACUGUGGAGGUUCAGCCUGGGGAAGACGUCACUCUGCUGUGCUCCAACUUUUCCAGUACUCCCUCUCAGAUAUAUUGGUUCAGAGCGGUCAAGAGAUCCCAGCCCCGCUGUGUCUCCUUCAUGUUCGAGGCUCCUGAGCCUGCUACACUCUGUGAUGGAUUUCAAAAUGGAAAAUUUGAAAUGACAUCCAACAUGUCUGCUGUUUUUCUCAAAAUCAAACAAGUGAAUUCAUCCGACUCUGGGCUGUAUUUCUGUGGAUAUAUGAUAACAAAAAACCUGGUUAUUGUCGAUGCGACAUAUUUAGAGGUUCAAGAUAUGUUUGAUGGAAUAACAAAGCUGAUGAGUGGGAUCCUGGGCGCUCUGACAGCUUUCCUCGCUAUGAUCAUCAUUUGUCAGGCUGUUAAAAUCAAAAAGCUUCAGAAAGCUCACAUUGAGGAACGGAAUCUACAACAGACAGAGAGUCUGGGCUCCGAUGAUCUGAACUAUGCAGCAGUGACCUUUCGCCCAAAAACAGAAAGAAACCACCGGCUGGCGCCAAAGACAGAAGUGGCGUCAACUGUUAUUUAUUCAGCCACCAGAUAGACUCAGGAAGCACCUGUUGUUAUUUUUUAAGCACACUGUUGUACAAUGUUUUAGUCUGUUUGAUUGGUGUACCAUCGUCAUUGUGUGUACAAAAUGUACAAUAAUCUUGUUCAUGCUGA